CGUCGCUUCACCUAUCUUUGACCCACUCCGUAACUCUUCAGUCAUGGCCGCCACUGCCUUUCUGCUUGUGGUGAGCGUGAUCGCGUUGAGUGUUAUCACUCUGGUCUUUCCGGACCUCUUCGGGAACCUCACCGGGCCUCCUCUGCCCCCGGGACCUCGCCCAAAGCUACUUGCUGGUAAUGUUCACCAAGUCCCGAGGGUAGAGCCUUGGAAGACAUACGCAGACUGGGCGAAGAAGUAUGGUCAAAUCUUCCUCCUCCGAGUCUUUGGACAGAAGAUCAUAGUGCUCAACUCUCACUCGGCCGUCGCCGAUCUACUGGAGUCUCGCUCGUCCAUAUACUCGGAUCGCCCUAGAGUAUGGAUGUACAAGGAGCUCAUUGGGCGAAAGCUCGCAGUCUUCAGCAUCUCCUCCGAGAACCCGCGUUUCAGGAUAUAUCGCAAGUUGUUGAAGUCUGGCUUGAGUUCCCGCGCAAACCAGGAGUAUCUGCCUCUUCUGUAUCGAGAGACGAAGACUCUGCUCCGGAACCUCAAAGAGUACCCAGACCAGUUCAUAUCUCACGCCCGCAGGAAUGCCGCGGCCAUCAUUCUAGAGAUAGCGUAUGGCUGGCAGGUCAACAGCAACGACGACUACUUCGUCUCUUUGAUGGAGGAGUCGUUCAAGUUACACGCCGAAAUCGUUCGACCUGGACGCUGGCUUGUCGACGCAUAUCCUAUCUUACGCUUUGUUCCUUCGUGGUUCCCCGGCGGCGGGUUCCAUAAGCAGGCCGAAAUCUACCGUGGACAGUUCGCACGUAUAGAUCAAAUCCCUCAUGCCUGGGCGAAGGAGCAAUUGCAUUCCGGAACCUACACCCCCUCCUUCACUUCGCGGUACAUGCUCAAGGAGGACGGAAGCGCGCCCUCCGACGAGGAAGAGGAUAUCAUCAAGUGGACCUCCUCGGCAUUGUAUGUCGGGGGUGCCGAUACGACCGUCUCCGUUCUGACUUCCUUCUUCCUGUUGAUGGCGCUCCAUCCAGAAUCCCAGAAGCGUGCCCAGGAUGAGAUCCAGCGCGUUGUGGGGAUGAGCAGGCUGCCAACGGCGGACGACUCCGACAGGCUACCGUAUGUGCGGGCUCUUAUCUUAGAGAUUCUGCGCUGGUGCCCGGUAGCACCUCUAGGUCUCCCGCAUUCCGUCACUAGGGACGAUGUUUACGACGGCUAUCGCAUUCCGAAAGGGGCGACCGUCUACGCCAACAUAUGGGCUCUGUCGCGAGAUCCCGAAGUCUAUCCCAACCCAUCGACCUUCGACCCCGAGAGAUUUCUGCCUGCGCCAAACGGUACACUUACCCAGAUGGAUCCCCGUAAAUUCGUCUUCGGGUUCGGAGCACGAGUGUGCCCUGGCGCACAGUUCGCAGAGCUCUCGCUGUUCGUCAGCAUCGCACGAAUCCUGGGUACGUUCGACGUCGCCAAACCGGUCGACGAGCACGGAAGGGAAGUGGAGCCGAAGGUCGAGUUCACAACGACAGUGACCAGUCAUCCGAAGCCGUUCGAGUGCCGCAUUACGCCUCGCGCGCAAGCAUCAGAGCAGGGCGUGUUUGACGAGUGA